AUGACCCGUCGUGUGCUUCUCCUAUCCGCCGCCUCCGUACUCAUGGCCGCCGCCGGGUACGCGCCAGAGCCCGCCUACUACAACAAGUACGGCGGAUACCACAAGGCACUCGACAAGAAGCACGGAGGAUACGAAGCGGAUCAAACCGGUUACGGUGGUCGCAACGGGAUGUCGGAUUACGGUAGUGAGCAGGGAGCAUACGGUCAUUACGACGGAAAGUAUGGAGAGGCUGGGAAGAAGAGCGGUGGAGAGUACUAUGCGAAGGGCGACGAGCACGGACAUGGAGAUGAGGCUCAUGAGAAGGGGUUGAAGAAGAAUGGAGACGCCUAUGGUGGAAAGAAGUUCUCCUACUUCACAUCGGGCUCCGGACCAUACGGAUCAUACCAAAAGGGAUAUUACGGAUCCGACGGUUAUGAGCAUGACGACCACAAGAGCAAAUACUCAUCACACAACGAGGAUAACGGAUUCAAGAAGGGUUACGAUGGCGCCGGUGCGGGACAUGAUGAUAAGUACACCAGUUAUGAUAAGGAGGACGGCGCGCACAAGAAGCACCACGACAAGUACGACGUCGGAAAGUACGGAGCGAAGCAGGGAGGAUACGCGAAGCACGGACACGACGAGGGAUGGAAGAAUCAGGCGGAGAAAAAUAGCUACGGAUCACGUGAAUCUGGAUCCGAGUACGGUCAUCCUUAUUAUUGA